AUGGCGCCUCUUACAAAGGGAACCCCGCAACAGUCUCGGCGCAAGAGCUUGAACCUAUUCUCGAGGAGCUCCCUUUCGAGCCUUCCACAUAUCAAUACAAACGUCUCCAAUGAGGGAGAUGAGGAUGGGGAGAAGAAAGAGAAGAAAAAGCUGGGGAAAAGGAGCUCGAUCUUUGGAUUGGGUUCUGCUGUGAGCUUGGACGGCCAUCAGGAUGGAGCAAUGAGCCCAAUAAAGAGCGGGGAGAGAUCGGAUUCCCCAAAGCUCCGCCCUCGAACCCUUCAGAAGGGACGCCCUGCCUCUCUCUUUGGGUCUCUGGGCAGAAAAUCACUUGGUCAGAUGGACGAAGGAGAAUCAGAGAAUCUGCACACCGGUACACCUGAGUCUCCCUUGGAAGACGGACAGCUGCUGCAGCCCGGUACCUCGGGAAAUGGCGGUAUAUUGUACCAUGGCGAGAUCCAGACUAUGAGUGGCAUGUUCAGGAAGAAGAAGGAAUAUUUGGUGUUGACGGAAACCCAUUUGAUCCGGUUUAAAAGCCAAUCUCGAGCAUCUGAGACAUUUUCCUCCAUUCCACCCUCAUACGGCCGAUCGACGUCCACACGUCACCCUUCAACCACCUCGAUAGGAUCUUUGCAAGAAAUUCAGUCAUCAACGUCCCACACUUCGACGGAUGGUGAAAAUAAGAUUCCAUUGGGCCAAAUCGUGACCGUAUAUAAAGUGGAGGAUGGGCGUCCUUUCUUUACAACAGAGGUGGUAUACUUGGAUGAGGAUUAUCAUGGGGCAGGUUCAAUCCAGCUCAUGCUCCAUGACCCAAAAGAAGCCGAUCUCUGGCACACUUCGAUACGAGGAGCCGCUCAAAAGGCGAGAUUGCUUAUGGAGGAACCAUAUCCCAGCAGGGUCAUAAGAUACCUCGUUUCUGCGGUAGAGGCAGUGGAAGACUAUGAUGCCGAACAUUUUCAAAUUUUCCGAGUCGUUCGAAGAACCACUGCUCUUAAGAAUGGACGGUCAUCUUCAGAUGAUCUGCAGAAACUUGGAACGUCGUUGUCCUACUUGGUUGUUGGUAUUAAUCGUGUACAUCUGAUACCUCUACCUGAUUUCACGGAUGGGGCAGGACGCCUGCUCCAGCCAAAGACGAGUCGCAGCACUUACGGGAUCGUUUCAAUCGUCGACAUGAGAGUCUCGUACGAUGAUGACAGAUUCGAAUUGGCAUUUAGAAACCCGUGUCAAGCAAUGAACAUCCUCGAACUGGCAACCUCUGCACCUACUGACAUUGCGGUUGCUCUCAUUAGAGCUUGGCAAUAUCUAAAGCCUCGAUGGGAAGAUUACAACUUCAACUUUGCUGGUCCAAGACGAUUGCUUCAGAGUCUCGACGACAAGCUAUCUUCCCCUUCUAAGGAAGAAGACUUGGGAUGUUUUGACCGCACACUUGUUGCAUAUUGCAUGGCUUACAACUGCAAUGCUGCCAAUAUACAAUACUCAAUCGAUUGGGAAGCUGAAGAUGCUCCUGAAUUUGGCCUGUGGCCUCCGCUUUAUUCCAAUAAGUAUACGUUCCUUGAAUUACUAGCCAUCAUGAGAGCUUUACGCUAUAACGAGAUAUUUGGCUCCAUCUCAUUCAAGGAUAUUGAUCUCCACAGUUUGCAUGGCGUUCUGGACUCCAAUGGAUCCGAGCAUGUGGCAAAUGCAACUCGUUCUGGGAUAUCAAUUCAGAAGUAUUUCAACCUAAAGCCACAGGAAAAGACUUUGCUACACCAAGAAGUCCAGGCCAUUGCUCUGAAGUCAAGGAAGUUGCGGAAAUUGGAUUUCACCAACACACUACCUCGAAGACGGCCAAAGGACAACUUCGACUUUGAGGGUGGGGAAGUCGACAAGGACCCAGGAUCUGAGAUUGUGGCUGCCAUCUUCCCAUUAUGUCAAGUACAGGCUACGAGCGUGGAUAGGAUCGUUCUGAGUGGGAUUGAGCUGGGAGAAACUGACCUUGAUGAUCUCAUUCCAACUUUUGCCAAGGCAGCCUCAGCGAUUAGAGGAAUUGAUUUUUCUCGAUGUGGUUUGAACGACAGAGGUAUCAUGCAGAUGAUAACCCAUUUGGAGCGGCAAAAUGCGACCCUAGAAUUUCUUAACAUCUCCGGGAACCCGGGCCGAAUUCACCUUGAGCAAUUUCAAGCAUCCAUGAGCCGCUUUACUAACCUCAAGAGGCUGGACCUAUCCAGGACAACAUGGACGCCGAGCUCCCAGCCACUUGUUCUCCCCGAGGUGAUGUUGACAUGGCACCUGGAGGAGCUGAUCUUGAACGGUAUUCCCAUCAACGAAAGGACCCUUGAGUUAAUAGCACAUUAUGUGGCAUGUGAUAAUUCUAUGGGCCUUCGAACCCUGCAAAUGGAUCAGUGUGGUCUGAAUGGCGAACAUGUGGCUCUGCUCAUGUAUGCCAUGACGAAGACUCCUGGCGAAGCUCGAAACUUAGAGUUCCAUGUAAGCUCGAACAGGCUUGAAAAGGGGAUCGGGGAGAUUGUCAAAGCGAUCGAGACCAACCACGCUCCGUCUCAUUUGUUCUUGCGAAUGAUUGAGUUCAACAAGGAGGAGCAUUUUAGAAGACUAUUACAGGCUCUUCGGACCAAUACCACGAUCCACAGUCUGGACAUUUCGAAAGCUUCCUUGCCAUACGACGCUGAACCGGACACUUGCGAAGCAAUGCGUCAGGUUUUCGCUGAGAACACGACUUUGAAAGAACUCGACAUUUCAGGAGAGCAAGCCCAUCUUGAAGUAACCCGGUUUGGGAUUGGUCUGAAUCACGCUUUGACCGGGCUCAAAGGCAACACCACCCUCAAAAUUCUUCGAAUUGAAUACCAGAACCUGGGCUUGGAAGGUGCAAACACACUGUCCACGGUCCUUGAAGAAAACAAAGGUCUCACUCACAUUUUCUGUGAGCACAACGAUAUCAACCUUCAGGGCUUCACCAUCCUAGUUAAUGCUCUUGCGAAAAAUUACUCCCUGCUGGUGUUGCCGUUCAUGCAAGAUGACCAAAAUCUCUCAAUGAAGCGGAUGAAUAUCAGCAUGAGGGAUUCUCGCCAGGUUGCCAAUGCUGCGAGACAUGAGAAUCUGGUGAAAGGAUCUGUUCGACGACGAUUGACUACACUAGGUGUUACGAAGCCGGCAAAGCAAGAGCUGACUCCUCAGGAUGUGGACGAUGUGGUGCGGGUGUUAAAUGAUCGCUGGGAACAUGAGAUGAACCGCCUGACAGCAUUCCUUCAACGAAACAAUGACAUCGCAGCAGGUAUCUGUGGCCCCGAUGGCGAGGGUGUAUUGAGCGAGGAAACAAUGCGGCCUACGACAGCCUUGAGUGACAAGGGUCUUCUUGAGCAGGUUUUGAGCAACACAACACCGAGAGUAGAACUGGGAAAUCCUGUUGAUGGCCACAUUGACAGGAUAGCGGAGCUAGACUUGAGUCCUACAAAGGAAUUCGGGGCUAAGCAAGAGAAUCCCAAAUUGCCGGAGGGUAAAGCAGAGUUGGAUGGUGGAAUAUUGCCAGUGAUACCCGGGAGUGGAAAGGAGAAGGCAUUUGAGUUGGGGGAGAGCGACAGUGGGAUGUUCGAGAUGGAUUCUUGA